AUGCAUCCGAAUUUUACCAUAAUAUCUGGCGGACAAACUGGACCUGAUACUGCUGCCCUCAGAAUCGCAGUAUCUCACCGGGUACCAUACGAUGGCUUCGUCCCUCACGGGUUUAUCAACGAAAGAGGUCGUAUCUCUGAAGAAUUCAUAUCGUCACCUUACGGUAGCCUGCGGGAAACUCGGUCCUCAGGGUCAGCAGAGCGGACGAAGCUAAAUACCGAGGAAGCCGAUGGGAUAUUAACUUUAUCCUUUUGUAAGGAAGAGGAUAUGGCAAAUGUUUCUGCGGGCACUGAGAUUGGCGUUGAAGUUGGGAAGGAUCAGAAGAAGGAUAUGUACUUUGUGAACUUAAGGAAGUUUAGGGAGGAAGGGGGAGGGGAAAGAGAAGUCGAUGCUGUUAUUAGGUGGCUCGAUGAGACGAAUGUUGAGAGGUGCGCGAUAGGGGGCCCGAGGGAAAGUGAAGAGCCCGGUUUAGAAAAGGAAAGUGAAGAGUUUUUGAAUAGAAUAUUGGAGAAAGUUAAGGCGAGGGGGUGGAGGAGUAUUAGAUUUGGGGGUGGGCCACCGGUAGAAAGGGUCGGGCCGUUCUUGAAGGAUAAUAGAUGGACAUCAUGA